AUGCCGUUGUACACCUUCAAGAAAAUCACCCCGGUCCCAACAGCAAGUAGUUUGCAAGACAUUGUCCUGAGUGGCACAAACAAACACACCCCGACUGUUGUUCACAAACAGUACGCAAUUCAUCGUAUUCGUGCAUUUUACAUGAGAAAAGUCAAGUACUGCUCUCAGUCGUACCACGACAGAUUGGCUUUGAUCCUCGAAGAGUUUCCAACCCUAGACGAUCUCCAUCCGUUUUAUGGCGAUCUGAUGAACGUUUUGUAUGACAGAGAUCACUACAAGUUGGCUCUUGCUCAACUUUCUGUCGCAAAAAAGCUUGUUGAUGGUGUUGGAACAGAAUACGUCAAAUACCUUAAAUACGCCGAUUCAUUAUACAGAUGCAAACAAUUGAAAAGAGCCGCACUUGGUCGUAUGUCUUCUAUUGUUAAGCAACAGAAUGCGUCGUUGGCCUAUUUGGAACAAGUAAGACAACACAUUGGAAGACUUCCAAGUAUCGAUCCAGUCAGUCGCUCGCUCAUCCUUGCUGGUUUCCCAAACGUUGGAAAAAGUUCGUUAAUGAACGUUUUCACAAAUGCAAAUGUCGAUGUGCAGCCGUAUGCAUUCACAACCAAAUCACUUUUUGUCGGACACACCGACUAUAACUACACUCAGUGGCAAGUCCUUGAUACUCCGGGUAUUCUGGACCACCCACUUGAAGAGAGAAAUGUCAUUGAAAUGCAAUCUAUCACUGCUUUGGCUCAUCUUUCGUGCUGUGUUUUGUACUUGAUGGAUGUCAGUGCUAACUGUGGUUACACCAUCCAACAACAAGCCUCGUUGUUCAAGUCGAUGAGACCACUUUUCAACCAAAAGCCAGUCAUUUUAGUCCUCAACAAGGUUGACUUGGCACCCAUUGAAUCCCUUGACGCUGAAGACCAAAAAACGAUUCAAGAGUUGACUGCAAUGUCGACUUUAGUCUGCCAAUGCUCAUGCUAUAAGCCAGAGUUGUAUGGUGAUUUGAAAGUGAAGGCGUGCUCGAUGUUGAAGGACAGUGUGAACGUUGACAAACUUUCUGGAAAGAAGGGAGAACUACUUUUGAACAAGCUCCGAGUGACGAUGCCAAAGAAGAGAGACGAUAUUGCAAGGCCAUCUCUUGCUGCUCCUGAGAUGAAGAGAAUGGAGACAUCCGAAAUAGAGCCGGACAUGACGCAGUGUCAAAAGGAAUUAUUGAGACUUGAACGAGACUAUGCUGCCUAUGAAAGAGGUGAGAUCCCAUGGCAAGAAUACAUGAAAGAUAGAGAAGGAUAUAUCUUAGAUAAUGAAGAGUGGAAGUACGAUGUUAUUCCUGAAAUAGUCGAUGGUAUGAACAUUGCUGAUUACGUUGAUCCAAACAUCGAAGCCAAAUUGGAAGAACUUGAAAAGGAAGAAGAGCAACAACUCCUGACUGCUGCUGUUGAGUUUGAUGACUCAAUGAGACUGAACCCUGAAGAUCAAGAAAUCUACGAUGAAAUAGUUGAUGCACAACUGGUGUUAAAGAGUGUUUCUCAUAACAAAAAGGGCAACAAGGCGAACCAAAUCAGUUUACAAACAAGAGGAAGAACUCGCGAUGAACUUCAAGAACAUUUGGAAGACCUUGGAAUCGACACGGAGACUGCGAAAAAGUCAGUGAGUCAAGUCAAAGCCAAAUCAAGAGGAAGAACACUCUCUGUUAAAAGGGGUCGAGAAGUUCCUUUCAUGGACGAUGACGAAGAUAUUGAUUAUGAAACACCAAAAGGACGUUCUGUAUCUAGAAAGAGAAGUCGAUCAAAUUCCCUUAUUAGAAAGGGAGAAGAAACCGCAUUCCCCACACAGGCAAUGAGAGACAAAGCCGAGAAAAUCAGAAGACUUGGGAGAAACUCGUUGCAACGAAAGAGCAAGACUGGAGAGUCGGACAACAAAAUCGACAACUUAAGACCCAAGUGGUUGAUCAGUGGAAAGAUGAAUGGUGGAACUCGUGACUGGAGAUAA